GAACUGGCAGAGCUGCGACGUCUGACCCAGUUUGGAGGAAGCGCUCUUUGUCACAUUUCCUCCCGUCAGAAACUCAUCUCAUUCAGAAACCAGCGCAGCGCGGCGCGGCGUGGGGCGGGGGAGAGGGACCGCAGCCACGCGCACAGACUCAGCAAGUUUAGCUGCUGCCACACCGGGUUCUGGUUCAGGACGGGCUCCUCUCAGGUGUUUGAGUCAACAUGGAAGCAGAAAACAACAACCAGCCUGCUCUGGACAAUCACAACAAUCUGUGCACGCUAAAAGCUCAGGAGGAUCAGAAAAACGCAUCAAGCCUGAAGUACUGCUGCACUGCGGCCAACUUCCGCAUUGAGAAGAAGAUCGGACGCGGUCAGUUCAGCGAGGUUUAUAAAGCCACGUAUCUGCUGGACGGCCAGCUCGUUGCACUCAAGAAAGUCCAGAUCUUUGAGAUGAUGGAUAUGAAGGCUCGUAAGGACUGCAUCAAGGAGAUUGAUCUUCUGAAGCAACUGAAUCAUCCAAAUGUAAUCAAGUAUCUGGACUCCUUUAUUGAAGACAACGAGCUGAACAUUGUGUUGGAGCUGGCAGAUGCUGGAGAUCUUUCCCAAAUGAUAAAGUACUUCAAGAAACACCGGCGGCUGAUACCAGAAAGGACCAUCUGGAAAUACUUUGUGCAGCUGUGCAGCGCCCUUGAGCAUAUGCAUUCACGCAGAGUUAUGCACCGCGAUAUCAAACCAGCCAACGUGUUUAUGACAGCCUCAGGGGAGGUGAAGCUGGGAGAUCUGGGAUUAGGGCGAUUCUUCAGCUCCAAAACCACAGCAGCUCAUUCUUUAGUGGGGACGCCGUACUACAUGUCGCCGGAGCGGAUCCAUGAGAACGGAUAUAAUUUCAAGUCGGAUAUCUGGUCCCUGGGGUGUCUUCUGUACGAGAUGGCGGCGCUGCAGAGUCCAUUUUAUGGGGACAAGAUGAACCUGCUGACGCUGUGUCAAAAGAUCGAGCAGUGUGACUACCCUCCUCUCCCGCCUGACCAUUACUCCCAGAAGCUGCGUGACCUGGUCAGCAUGUGCAUCAACCCAGACCCGGUCCAGAGGCCCGACAUCGUCUUCAUGCUGCAGAUGGCCAAGCAGAUGCACGCCUGGACGUCCAGCAGCCCCUGAGGGCCCAUUGGAGCCGCCUCUGAGGUCUGAGGACGCCGCUGCCUCCGCCGUGCCUUAGCUUCUGUUCCUGAAAGAAAAGACGUUCCUCUGGCUCUGCCAACGCUGAUGUCAUGGUGGCUGUAGCUGUGAGCUCAGCGGAGCGGAGAACCUGACCUCCAUGUGGAGGAAGUCUGGAUGAGGAGCCCUGAUCCUCCGGUUCUGGUCCAGUAGAGCAGAAUCAGGACCGCUCCGACCCAACGGCUGCUUCAUCUCCUGUCCAAAUAAAGACCUGCCAGCUGAGCUGCACACGGUUGGAGAGAUCUGACCUCCCUCCCUCCUUUCCUCCCUCCCUCCUUUCUGGAACCUUCUGAUGUUCCUUCUGUCCAGACCUCAGGUGUCCUUCAGUGAACCUCUCCUCCAUCAUGGACUCGUUUUUCUUAUUUUCCAGGUGGAUCAUCUGGUUCAGGUUUGCAGCAGAUCAAAUGUUGUUUAUCUCUGUUUUCCUUUUCUGUAUAAAAUAAAGCGACUAUAAAUCCUC